UACCCAUGAUUCUCCGACAGUCUCUGCCGCUCAUUCAAAAAUGGAGGAGAGUGAGAGAAAGUCGGAAAGUGAGCGCUAUUCAGCACCUUCCCAAACAUCUGAACAGCAAACCACUACCGAGACCUCCGGCCAGAAGCUAGAGACUGGCGAAGAUGAUGUCGAAACUAAGUUGGAUAUCGGUUCGGAUAAGUUUGACCCCUUACUCGCUCUGUAUUCCACGAAAGUGCCGUUGCCUUACCCAAAUAUCAAGUGCUUUAAUAACAUAGCAGAAUAUGAGAGCUUUAUGAAAGGCGGUCGAGGCCGAGCGAAACCGGAAAAUGUGGAGAAAAGACUCCGAAAAGCACAGAAAGGUAAAGCAGACCCAGAGAGGAUAGAGAGGUUGAAGAAACUCAUGGUGAACAACCCGGUUGAGGAGGAGGGAGAGGGAAGCGGAGUCAAGCGACCGCCUCGACAGCGAAAAGCGGCCAAAAAUGUGCUUACCAGAAUGCCACUGCAUACAGGCAGUCCAUUAGGAGAGCUCAAUAGGUGCGUCCAGGAGAAAAUCAGAGUCAAAGUUCACAUCCGGACCUUUAAAGGGCUCCGUGGAGUUUGUUCUGGCUUUGUGGUGGCAUUUGAUAAGUUCUGGAACCUGGCGAUGGUGGAUGUGGAUGAAACGUACAGGGACACCCUUUUGGGACAAGCUCUUUAUCACGAGAAAGCACUUACUGUCACAAGGCUCUUUGAAAAACUGAAAGUUCAAGAGACUGUGGCCCUCAGUGCGGUUGAGAGGAAAGGAGGAGAUAACCUCUUAAAGCCAGACCCACACAGUAGUUUAUCUCAACUCAGAGACCAAACCAGGAGUAGAACCGACCCCAAACAUACCCAGGAAAGAUCCGAACUCUCUGAGAAAGACAGGAGUACAUCAAAAGUGACACAACAAUCUGAAAGCAAGCCUAAAGUGAAGUAUGGGAGAGUGCACACGCGUCAUGUCAAUCAGCUUUUUAUACGAGGAGAAAACAUUCUUCUUGUAAAUGUACAACAGGACUAAAUACUGUCCUUAUGAA